CUUCUAAAAUUACCGAAACAGCACCAGCAAGGCAGUCACAACUGCACUACGAAAACACACUCGAAAGCUACAGAUUGGCACACCAUAGGAACACAAAAAGAAAUUCAAGAUGGGUAUCUCCGACUACGGAUUGUGGAAGUGCACGCCCACCAGCUGGAACGGCACAGCCGACACGGAUCAUGGCCACCUCGAGUUCACCGACGCCGACAAGGGCACAUACGAGGCCGACGUCAACAUCAUGUCCUCGGACACAGACAAGCGCCUUGUUUACUGGUUUGUCUCCAACUUUGACGCUAAGCAGCCGUCCACGACCUCUCUCUCGCAGCUCAGCGAGGGCUUCAGCACACAGAAGGGCAGCAGCUCGCUUGCCCUAGACUUUUUGCGCGAGGGUUUUCUUGACCCCAGCGCGGGCACGCUGGUCUCGCACGACCCCAAGGACCCCACCGAGAAGGGCGAUAUCCUGUCAUACCUCGACCCCAUCAUGAACCAGGCCGUCCAGGAGAAGGCGACCAUGUACCUCUGGGGCAGCCACUACCAGGACAGCAGCACCAGCCAGGGCAUACACGACAUUCAUAUGAACCAGGGCAACGCGGGUAGUUUCGAGGACGAGAACGGCACGUACCAGGAUGGUGGCAUCGUCAUCCAAUUCGCCAAUGGCACGUGGCAGGGCAUCUUUUUGGCCUUUGCGACCCAGACCCUCAAGACAGACGACAAGGGCGACCCCGAGGGCGAGACCUUCGCACAGGCGCUGGGCGGCGGCUCGACAAGCACCACGUCCACCUCGGAGGCCAGGACGUCUCACCCAACCAAGGGCCAGGUGGGCAUCGAGGCCGCCAUCGUCAACCCGCGUGGGCCGGACCGGGAUGCGCCCGAGGGGAAGAGGGAGACGGUGUACAUACAGAACAAGAGCAACACAACGCAGAGCCUGGAGGGCUGGACGAUCGAGAACAAGAACGGCGAGGCAGAGAAGCUGGGGAGUGGCGUGCAGCUGGCUGCGCACACCAAGAAGGGGUUCGAGGUGCCCGAGGCGCCGCUGUCGAACUCAGGCGGCAAGAUUGUGCUGAAAGAUGCAAAGGGCACGACGGUGAGCGAGGUCAGCUAUACCGAGAAAGAGGCGCGCAAGGAGGGACGGCUGCUGUACUUUGCCAACUGAAGGGAGUGGAAUUGAGGUCGAAUCGAGGGUGGACCUGGCGUGUUGAAAUCAUGCAGGGAAUCAAACAAGCAUAAUCACUUAUG